AUGCUGAACACUUUGCAGCGUCAUGAGCGCCGAGCAGUUAGCCAUCAUUCGCGUUCACCAACUUCACCGGAAGCAAGUGAGGACGAAUCGGACUCAGACAAACUUAUCUGGUGCUUCUGUCGAGAUGGAUUUUUGCAGAAAGCGCAUGGUUCAAUGGUUGCAUGUGACGAUUCUGAAUGUUGUUUCGAAUGGUUUCAUUAUACAUGUGUUGGUAUUACGGAAAAACCGAAAGGAAAAUGGUAUUGCCCUGGCUGCUUACCGAAACAUCUUGUGUACGAUGGACGGGGGUUUAGUAGAGUGUGA